CUCAAGUUAACGUCCGGUCCUUUUUUCCCCCUAAUAAUUUGCUGAAUCUCCAGCGUGUGGUUGAAAGUUUGGAGAAGCUGCAACUAAAAAAUGUUGUCUCCGAGUUUCAGGGACUGCAAGGCAUGGAGGGCAGAGGGUCUUCCACUGACCACCAGCAGCAAUGAGGCUUGCAAACUAUAUGACGCCAUCCUCACUCAGUAUGUGAAAUGGCGAAAUGAUGAAACCUUGGGAGGAUUUGAAGGAUGCAUUUCUGCUGUCCAGGCAGCUGACCCCAACUUUGUUAUGGGCCAUGUGAUCAGUACGGGGCUUGAGCUGGUGGCAACCACGAGCUCCACUCGUCUGAAUGAGCGUCUGGCCAGCGCUGUGAGGCGAACAGUGGAGCUGGCCAACAGCCAGGACAUCGCUCCCAGAGAGAGGCUCCAUGUCAAGGCUAUAGAGCUCUUCUCACAUGGGAAUUUUCCCAAGGCCUGCGAUGCAUGGGAAGACAUUCUGGUCGAUCACCCCACUGAUAUGCUGGCUCUCAAGUUUGCCCAUGAUGCUUACUUCUACAUGGGAGCCCAAACCCAGAUGAGGGACUCUGUGGCCAGGGUGCUGCCCCACUGGAAACCACAUAUGCCUUUGUCUAGCUAUCUGAAAGGACUGUAUUCCUUUGGUCUCCUGGAGACUCGCUUCUAUGACCAGGCUGAGAAAGUAGCCAUGGAGGGCCUCGCUCUGACUCCAGAUGAUGCUUGGGCUGUCCACUCUGUAGCCCAUGUUUGUGAGAUGAAAGCAGAGGUGGACAAAGGGUUGAAGUUCAUGGAGGAUAGAGAGAAAGACUGGCAGGUAUCCGAUGUGCUGGCCAGUCAUAACUACUGGCACUGGGCUCUGUACUUCAUCGAGAAGGGGCAAUACGAAGCCGCUCUGCAAAUAUACGACGCUCAGGUAUUCAGACGUUGUAAAGCCACAGGAUCCAUGUUGGAUACUGUAGAUGCCUGUUCAAUGCUCAGCAGACUUGAAAUGGAGGGUGUGUGCGUGAAGGACCGCUGGCGAGAGUUGCUCCAGGUAACACAGCCUCACACCGAUGAUCACGUGACCUUGUUUAAUGACCUCCACUUCCUCAUGGUGUCGCUGGGAGCUAAAGAGAGCGUGACUUCUCGGCGUCUGCUGGAGGGCCUCCAGGAAUUGGCUAAAGAGCCAGGGGACAAUCAGCAACAUCAGCUGGCUGGGACUGUUGGUAUACCAAUGUGUCAGGCCAUGAUUGAGUACGACCAGGGCAACUACAAUCGAGCUGUGGAGCUGCUGUACCCUUUACGCUACCGCGUGGUAGAUAUAGGUGGCAGUGAUGCUCAGAGGGAUCUCUUCAAUCAGCUUCUCAUUCAUGCAGCCAUGAAAUCAGAGAAUAAGCACCAUCACAAACUGGGAAGAUGUCUUCUGGCGGAGCGCGAUGCCGUGAGGCCGAACUCCCCUUUGACUGAUCGUCUGAUGCAGAGAGCCUUGGCUCUUCACGACUAGACUGACUGCAGGGUGCGCAGAGAAGUUCCCAUGCAAAAAACAUUAAAGCAACACGACAAUAUAAGACUCCUUUACUGGCAGGAUCUUGGCAUUGUUGUUAAAAAAUCUGAAACUUUUUAAUGCGGCACUCUUUCCGAUGUAGAGCUCAGUGCCCUUUUACAUUGCUAUUCAUGUUAAGCUUUAAAAGUGAACAAAUUUGCACCUUUGUCAAUAUUGUGAUCUAAUAUGAUUCACAGGUUGGCAGUUUGAAUGAUAAUGUGAGAUAUGAGUCGACUGUUUUAGCUAACAAAACUGACUCCUCUAAUCAAUAUAGAGCAGUGGAACUUUUAUUAGCAAACAUCACAUUUAAAUAUAAAUUAUUUUCAGAAAUAAAAUCUUCAUGUCAAGAUUAUUACAAAAACCAUGUUCAAAACCAAUAAAUAUACAUUUUGCACUUUG